AAAGAGAGAAUAUUUAUUUGACUAUUUAAAGCUUUCUUUAUCACAACUCUCCUUCAUUUUCUUCUCCUACUUCUAAAACCUUUCCUUUUAGUCUCUCUAAUCAUUUUCUUGUCCGUGUUCCUUAUUCUGAUUCCUCUUCUUAUCAUUCCAUUCAAAAAGAAACCAUCUUUUCUAAUUUCUCUACUCUUCUUCACAAGUGGAACAACUCUCUGUUUUUUUACCUUUAGGUACUCUGUUUUUGGAGUUAAAACAGAGGAAAGAGAUGGGUCUUUCGAAGAAAACUCAACUAGACGGCGGUUUAGAUUCCGACGGUAAAAAAUGGGUUAUAGCCGGAAUUGGGAUUCGGGCUUCGUUGAAACCGGUGAAGACAAAACUCAGAGCACCGGAGACUGAAGCCGAAGUUGAAGACGAGGAAGAGUGUUCGACGACGCCAACUGCUAAGGAAGCAAAGAUACCAGAGAUAUUGGAAUGUCCACCGGCACCCAGAAAGAAACGGCCGGCGUUUAAAUGUCGGCGUAACACCGUUAGAGAGUUCUUUACGCCUCCUGACGAUUUAGAGACCGUGUUUAUACGGCGCCGUUAAGUAACAAAAAUGUUACUGAGUUUGUAUUAUUAGUCGUAUAACGUAUUAAUUACAAGCCAUGAAACUUCAGUUACAGUUUUAGUAAUUAGAUUUUAGUGAUUUCCUUAGAGUGUAUGCAUUUCGAAAUUCAGUUUGCUCUGGCUUUUUAGUUUUUUUUUUCUUGGAGAUUAGUUUCUAUGUUUUUUUGUCAUAGAGGGAAGUUUAUUGUACAAAGAUGAUAAUGGAUAGCUUCUAAAUUUGCUUAAUAA